GGUUUAGCUUUGGUGUCCUAGCAUUGGAGGUAAUAGCUGGGCAGAUGAAUGCGAGUUUUCAUCAACUAAGCAUUCUACAACCUUAUAGGACAUGUAAGUAGACAAUAUGGUGCAUUUAACUUCCUUUAUGAUUUUACUUAUUUUAUCUAAAUUGCAUUUCUUAUUUGCUUUGCAGUUAACUUCCUUUCUGAUUUUACUUAUUUUAUCUAAAUUGCAUUUCUUUCAAACAAAUAAGCUUGAGGAUGAGAAUACUCUUGAAUUCCUAAAUAAUUCUUUGCAUGAGUCUUUCCUAGUGAGUGAAGUUAUAAUAUGUAUAUAAGUAGAGGAUAGGCAAGCAAUAAGUUCUGCAGUUUCAAUGAUAAAUAUUGAAAAUGCACAGCUGCCACAACCUAAAGAUGUGUUUUCUGCUGAGGCUUCAACCUUGAAGAUAUGUUCAGCAUCCACUGAUACAACCAUAUAUGGAGGCGAAGAUGUCUAGAUCCUAGUAUAGUUUGCAGUAAACAUGAAUUGAACAGAUUUCCUAAACAGACUAGCUCAGUAAGGAAAGAUUUCAUUUUAGUUAAAAGGUUACCCUUCCUCUGGAUCCUAUAUCAUGCUAAGUAACAAUUAUUACCAUUCUCUGAUUGCAUGCUUAGGUAGUCUAAUCUUGUUCUCGAUUCCUAGUUGAGCAAAUAUGAUUACCCAAUACUUUCAAAACACCGACUAACCAAAGUACUUCCCUUGAUGAAGAAGUGCUGUCCAUUGUAAGGGAGUUGUACUAUGGAACAGGAAUGACGUUAUGACAUGCAAUAAUCCAUGCCUCAAGUUUAAAUUUGUUGUGUAUUAGAUUGAUUUGUACAACACUUAGUUAUAACAUUGAAGAGGAUGGAGGAAUAAAUAAAGAAGGAAACGAGCUGCCUUAUCUUCAUUAAAACUUAGAAAUUCGUCUAGUUGAAAUAACAAGCAUAGAUUGAGAACUGGUUCAGUCGCAAUUAUUGCGACUUAUCUCCUUAAUGUCUUUACCUUUUUGGAGUUGUUUUAAGUUUAUGCAUGGUCUGCCUAAACAGAUACGUAAUAGACUACGUUCUUUUGCAAGGCAAACACUCAUAAUUUACAUAGGUCAAAACCAGUAGUGUCAGUUACGUUUCUUAUGUGACUUAUAGUUAACUUUUCCUAAAGGGGCAGGAAAUAUCUUUGGACUCUGAAGUAUGCAUUAAUGACAGGAUUAUCUCUCAAAACAAAUCUUCAAAGCAGAUUUCACUAAAGAGUUAAAGAGCCUUGGAUGUAACUAUGUUUUCUCAAAAGAGGUUCAAUUUGCAGAUGUGUCUGGAGAAAACUCAACCAGAUGAAAAUGAACUCUUUUCAUUUAGUGGAAAAUUUUAUUUAUGUUAGAGCUAACAAAAGUUUGAACCAUGACGGAUAUUCCGGUGUUCUCUCACCAAGACUUAAAAAGCAUAUUCCGUGAAAAUGUAGUCAAAUAAUAGACAGUCGUCUGAAUGUUUUAUUUAAGAUAAAGAGUGGAUUUGCAAAAAUUAUAGAAAGUUUUAACUUUUCCUAGAGGGGCAGAGAUAUGACUUCGGCCUCUGAAGUAUGCAUUAAUGACGAAUUUAUCUCUCAAAUAAAUUAUCAAUCCAAGGUUUUAAUAAAAAGUUGAGGAUCCUUGGAUGAAACUGUGUUUUCUCAAAAACUGAACCAGAUGAUAUUGAACUCAUUUUUUAGUGGAAAAUUUUAUUUAUGUUAGCUAACAAUAGUUUAAACCAUGAAUGAUAUUACGGUGUUCUCUAAACAAGACUGCAGAAGCAUAUUCCGUGAAAAUAUAACCAAGUAAUACAUAGUCGUCUAAAUGUUAUAUUUGAAAUAAAAGAGUAGAUUUGCACAAAUUAAAUUGUGACCUGAUCUUUCAGUUAAUGCUGACACAAAUCCUAGUCUUCUUUUUUUGUCCUUCCUCUUAAGUAAAAAGAUUGAGAAAACAACAAGGCUCAUAUGCAUUUCAACUUGCCCUCAAGAACUAACCUUUUAACUUUUCCUCUAGAUCUUUGCUAUAUAUUCAUUUCAAUUAACAACACAGCUUUUUAUCUAACAUCAGCUGAUAAUUUAACUUAACACCAAUUUGUGCUUGUGAAGAUUUCAGGAUGCAUGUUGAUUCUCUUCCUUGAAUAAAAGAAAUGAACACCAUGUAUAAGCCAUUCUGAUAUAUCUGCUUAUGUAGUCCCUUUUAAAUUUUUCCUAUUUCUAGGCUAAGGUCUAAAUUUUCUACCAUUGUCUCCUAAAUGCUUUUAUUCUGCACCUGGCUAUCACAAAGAUGAAACACAUGCCACAUAGUGAAAAACUUAAAUCACUUUCUCUUGAAGAAGCCUAUUUAACAUUGAACUCUCAGUACUUCUCCAUGUAAAAGCCUAACCUGAAAGCUUAACUUGAAUUCAAAACCUUUGAUUUCCAUAGCUCUCUCCUAUCUGGGCAAGAAAGCAAUGGCUGCCAUACUUUCUUGGCUAUUCACUAUCUGUCUUCUGCAUAUCUCCAUAACCUUAUAUGCAAAUUGUGUUGCUGCAAGUGAUACUUUGAUUCCAUAUCAAGUCCUCAGGGAUGGCGAGACUUUAGUUUCGUCCAACCAAAGAUUUGAAAUGGGAUUUUUUGGUUCUACUACACCAUUUCGGCACACAAGGUACCUGGGAUUGUGGUACAAGGGUAUAGAGUCUGGUAUAGUAUGGGUUGGCAAUAGAUUGAAUCCACUUGGACAUGGUGCAAGGCUUGUAUUCGAUGUACAAGGAUUCAUUUUUCUCCAAGAUGAUACAGGAAAGAAGGUACCGAUUUAUACGCCAAAACAGAUUGUUCUCUUGCCAGUUUUGCAGCUCCUUGAUGCAGAAAUGAAGCUUGGUUGGGACCCGAAAACUGGACUUAACCGAGCCAUGAAUUCCUGGAGGACAAGUGAUGAUCCAGCUCCUGGUGAGUAUUUCUUCAGGUUAGAGUCAGGUGAGUCAGGUCAGUCACUCCAACUAGUUCUUGAGAAAAAACAGCAAAGAGCUUCAAGGUGGGGUCCUUGGGAUGGACAAAUAUUCAGUGGCGGUGAUGCCCUCGUGGACGAGCUGGUACUCAGACCAGUAUUUAACUCCAAAACUGGUGCAUUUUAUGUUACAUUUGAAGCCAAGAACGACAGCAGAUUGAAACUGUCACUGAAUCCAGAGGGUAAGAUACAGUUCCUGAAAUGGACAAAUGCCACUGGCUGGAUUCAAGUGAAGGUCCUGAAUAAGGACAUAUGUGACAAUUAUAGGACUUGUGGGCCUUAUGGAGUUUGUUUCGUUGAGAAUCCAUCCUGCCGGUGUCCUGAUGGUUUCACGGCUACAUCACCAGAUGACUGGGACAAGAUGGAUUAUACCAACGGAUGUAGGAGAAUGACUCCUCUUAAUUAUACUGACAAAGAUAUGUUUGUGAAGAAUACUGGACUGAAGUUGCCUGAUAAUGCAACUUACUGGGGAAUGUUGUCCCCAGAGGAGUGUGGAGAGAAAUGCUUGAAUGAAAGAUCGUGCAUGGCUUAUACUAUCAUCAAUAUCAACGGAAAUGUCAGCAAAUGUUUCGUUUGGUUGGGAGAUUUACUUGAUAUGAGACAUUCGGAAAAAGCUGGGAAUGAUAUUUAUAUACGGAUGACACACGGAAAACUAGAAGCAGCUGUUGCCCCUGGGAAAAGGAAAAGGAAAAGGAAAACGAAAAUGAAAACGAAAUGGAUAAUAUGUGUUUCUUUAACCUCAAUGCUGGCACUUCUUAUCUUCUCUCUACAUAAUCAGGUCCGGCGUCAUGCAACAAAGACAGAUGUGCUAGAUGAACCAGAGAUUAAUCAGCCUGGAAACUCUGUAGAAGCUUUGCUGCAGGGCGCAGAUGUCAUUGCAUAUGAUUACAGUGCUCUAUCUGCAGCCACUAACAAUUUCUCGCUGUCUAAUAAGAUAGGUCAUGGUGGCUUUGGCAAUGUUUAUAAGGGUGUAUUAGAUACUGGAGAAGAAAUAGCAGUGAAGAAGCAGGAAGUGACUUCACGUCAAGAACGAGGAGAUAAGGAGUUUGAGAAUGAAGUCAAAUUAAUAGCAAAGCUUCAGCAUCGUAACCUAACCAAGUUAUUGGGAUACUGCAUUCAUGGAAACGAAAAGUUCCUGGUCUAUGAGUUCAUGGCCAAUAAUAGCCUCGACAAGGUCAUAUUUGAUUCUGCAAGAAGGGGUAAGGUAACAUGGUCAAUGCGCUUCAACAUUAUCAAAGGAAUUGCAAAAGGAUUAGUUUACUUGCAUCAUGAUUCAAGGUUGACAAUAAUCCACCGAGACUUAAAAGCUAGCAAUGUCUUGCUAGACAGAGAGAUGACACCCAAAAUAUCUGACUUUGGGUUGUCAAGGGCUUUUGAAGAUGAUGUUGAAGAAAAGACUCAGUAUGUAGUUGGAACACGUGGUUAUAUGCCACCUGAAUACUUAGAAGAUGGACAUUAUUCAACAAAAUCAGAUGUGUUUAGCUUUGGAAUUUUGGCAUUGGAGAUUGUCAGUGGCCAAAAGAAUUGGGGUUAUCAGCACCCAGUCCAUGAUAUUGGUCUAGUAGGCUAUGCUUGGAAAAUUUGGAAUGAAGGGAAGGCCGUAGAACUACUGGAUCCAAUGAUAGAACAAUCAGGCGAUGGGAAUGAAGUUUUACAAUGCAUCCUUGUUGGGCUUUUGUGUUGUCAGCGACGUGUCCAAGACAGACCUUCAAUGGUUCAGGUGGUUUCCAUACUAGAACAGAAUGAAACGUCAAGGUUAAAUUGUGUGCCCGUGGAACCUUACAUCCCUAGAGAGUGGAGUAACAGUUCCAGGAGCCGCAACAGUGUGAAUGGGGUAACUAUUACUGAACUCACCGGAAGAUCAUGAUGACCUAAAUUCAAUAAACAAAUGCACAGAGAACAAACUCAGUCAAUGUAAGUAGGUCUGGAGUUUUGUUUCUUAUUCCGUUUACUAGUAUAAUUUGAAACUAUGAAAAUGGCAUUCCUGCUGGCAAACAACCCAAGAAGCUUAAGCUGACCUUCCUAUUUUGGGAGCUUGCAAGUGGGAAUUCUAGGGAAACUAGUAUUUGCUAAGAAAAGGAUCAUUUAUCACCUUUAUAAAGGCACUGACGACCUUUUCUAAAUUAGAAUUUAUGUAUCUUGUUGAGUUUUGGGUGGCUUCAUGCAAUGCAAGACAUAAUAGUUUUUUUAUA